AUGUACAACCAUUUAUAUGUUUUGUUCGCAAUUUUUUAUUUUUGCUAUUCAAUUUCUUAUGAUUCUCCAAGUUUUGAUGUGAUAAAUCGAUGUCAUCAAGAAAUCAAGGUAUUUUCCUUACUUUUUAAGAUUUUAAUGGUAAUUUUCAGAUUAAAAACAAGUGCACAUGCUCAGAAAAUGAUUCCGACUGUCACCGCGAGUUUGCAAUGGUAAAUAUUUCAUAUAUUUUUUUCUAGGAAAAUUUGUAAUAUUCAGGGUCAUUGGUAUGUUAUAAGCAGAUGUAUCGCCGAACGUCAAAGAAAUAUGACAAAAGCAGCUUGA